UGUAAAUAAAUAGGAGGCUCUGGUUCUGAAAAGAGCACAGAUGAGAUUCAGAUUCAGAUUGAGAUCUUGAAUCAAGGCUGACUCCUCCUCCAAGUCAGAAUGAAAUUCACUGCUAUCUCUGUGGUCCUUGUUCUGUUGGUGAUCAAGAAUUCUUCAGUCCAAGGUAUUUUAGAGACCAAUGAUGCGAACCACAAGUGCAAAUGCCUCAAGACGUUUGGUGGUGCCCUUCUUCUUCAAUACAUUAAAACAAUAUAUAUCUCACCACCUAGUGGUGGUUGCCGAAAUACAGAAUUCAUAGUCACAUUGAAAAAUGGUGAUAAAAUAUGUGUGGAUCCAAAGUGCAAAUGGUUAAGCCAGGUCUUAAGAACUUUAAGAAGAAAAAAGGCUACCACAUCAAAUACGAAUGUUCAGAGACAACGCCAGGAUUCCAAAUAAGAUCAUCUGGGCUCACCUCCCUUCCUUUUGUGAAAUUUCAUUUCUUUUACUGUUGUUUUUUUGCCCAAUGAAAGGUUUCUUUCAGACAUCUUCUUAGAAACAAAUAGCCAAAAUGACCUUUCUGUAGCCAUCCAGAAAUAUAUGAGCUUCUUUCUGAGUGUGUGUAUGUGUGUGUGUGUGUGUGUAUACAUACACAUAUCAGGGCUUGAUUUACAUAGUUUUAGUCAAUAUUGAUAAACAAGUUUAUUAAAAAUAUUUGUAUUCUUUCAUACCAAGGCCAUGCUCAAUUUCAACCAAUGCUAGUAGUAAGACUAACCAUGUAAGAACUUUAAUUCUUAGAUAAAUAAGAAUUCUUUUAAAUGGAAGGGUAGCUUGAAACAUUGAAACUGGUAUGAGUUAGGAAGGGAAACAAGGAAUUUUCCUCCACCUGUCGAUUUCUGAAACUACUAGGAGAGAAAGCUGCCCAAGGAAAUCACAUAAUUUCAGUUGGAGUGUGUAGAGAAAGUCAUGUGCAAUUGCAUCUUCCAAACACACUAAAUAAAAAAAUUGGGACUUGUUAACUUUACAGAUUUCCUCCACCUUAGUAUACUGUAGCAAAGGAAAGCUAAGUGAUUAUCUGUGUUGUGCUGCAUGCCAGAGGUAGUGUGGUAAAUCACACUAAUUCUAAACAUAAUGUACUAGGUGCAAACAUCAACAACAUGAAAAUAGGUUCUGAUCAAGAACACAUGUAAAACCCAGUGGAAUUGUGAGUCAGCUAUGGGAAAGGGUGGGGCGAGGGGAGGAGAGAAACAAUAUGAUUCUUGUAACCAAGGAAUAAUGUUCUAAAUUGACUAAAUUAAAAAAUUUUUCAAAAAAAAAGAAAGAUAAUGUACUAGGGGUAAAAUCCUACUUUGGAUGGUAUGUAUUGUAAAUAAGUCAAGGAGCUCACUUGAACUUUAGACCCUUCAUCUCUAAAAUGAAAGAAACGGGAUGAGAUAGUCCCCAAGUGUUUUUUCUUAGUCUAUAUCUAACAUCUUUCAAAAAAAAUCCUAGAAUCAAAUCCAGAGAAAUCAGUAUUAUUGCCAGUGAAGCUUAUCUUAUAGGUAGAUCUCUUGUCUACUAUUAUAUUUUACUUAACAAGAAAUAGAUAAUUUUGAAUAAAAAUGUAUUUUUUAAUAAUGUAAACUACUAAUGUACUAUUCUUCAAUAAACACAAAUAGAUGUUUUA